GAGGCGACGAUGGCGGCGGCGGCGGCGGAGAAGAGCGGGAGGGACGCGGCCUCUUUCGCCUCAUCAUGAAGGGAAACGUAUCCCUGAAGCCAAAGAAUUGGGGAAAAAGAGAAAGCAAUCCACGGCCAUGCAAGCCAGCUACAGCCACCUUCACAACCCCUCGGGAACUGGAGGCGGUGAGGCUGCUUCAGCCUCCCCGUGCACCCACGUUCCACGACUCGCAGGGGAAGGCGCGUGCCAUCAUACCGGAGAUGUCCAUAUCCAGAUAAACUCCAUACCUGGGGAAGGUGGGGAAAAUUCCAGCUCCAGGUACACCAGGUCAAGUUCCCAGAGUUGCUCCCAUGGCCGCGUGCACAGCCGCGCCCGCGGUCACUCCCAUAAUGAAGCAAGGCAGCCCGAUGAGGCUUCCGUGGACACGGGGGAACAUGGCAACAGCUCCAUCUCAGAGUUCCGCUAUCUCUUCCAGUGGCUACAAAAAAGUCUUCCCUAUAUCUUGAUUCUGUGUUUCAAAGUUGUCGUACAGCACAUCACGGGAAUUUCUCUUGGAAUUGGGCUGCUAACAACUUUUAUGUAUGCAAACAAAAGCAUUGUAAAUCAGGUUUUUCUAAGAGAAAAGUGCUCAAAGAUACAGUGUGCUUGGUUACUGGUGUUCUUAACAGGAUCUUCUGUUCUUUUGUAUUACACCUUUCACUCUCAGUCACUUUAUCACAGCUUAAUCUUCUUAAACCCUGCGCUGGACUUUUUGAACUUCUGGGAUGUACUUUGGAUUGUGGGAAUCACAGAUUUCAUUCUAAAAUUCUUCUUCAUGGGCUUCAAAUGCCUUAUUUUAUUGGUGCCUUCUUUUGUGAUGUCUUUUAAAUCUAAGGGCUAUUGGUAUAUGCUUUUAGAAGAACUGUGCCAGUAUUACCGCGCCUUUGUUCCUAUACCCGUUUGGUUUCGUUACCUUGUUAGUUACGGAGAGUUGGACAGCACGGCGGGAUGGAGUCUUGGGGUAUUGCUGGGGCUUCUCUACCUCAUCCUGAAACUUUUGGAUUUUUUUGGACAUCUGCGAACCUUCAGAAGGGUAUUAAAGGCAUUUUUUACUCAGCCAAACUAUGGCGUGACUGCCAGCAAGAGACAGUGUUCAGAAGCUGAUGAUCUUUGUUCAAUCUGCCAAGCUGAAUUUCAGAAACCCAUUCUUCUCAUCUGCCAGCAUAUAUUUUGUGAAGAAUGCAUCUCGCUGUGGUUUACUCGAGAGAGAACUUGUCCACUGUGCAGGACUGUGAUUUCAGACCAUGUUAGCAAAUGGAAAGAUGGAGCCACUUCAUCACACCUUCAGAUCUAUUAAACCUAGGAGCCCACCUUGGGGGGCCAAAAACACGGGCUCCAGGUUUAUGCUUUGCUGAACAAUGUGAAUACUACUGAAAGCGGUGGAGUGGAUUUCCAGGACUAAAAGGUCAGAUCUAGAAAUGAAUAUUUUUUAUCAGUUUUUCGAGCUUAUUAAAUGCUAAAAGUUCAAAUUACUGGUAACACUCGAGAGUGGUUGGGAGUUAAGUGGGUAAAAUUCUGCAUUGUUUUGAUUUUUAAAAUCAGUGUUCAGAACUAAUUUUGUGUAGCAGAGGCAGCAGCACCUUCAUUCUUUUGGUCUUGUAGAUUGAGAAGUUUGCAGCAUGAAGUUGUAAAUUGCGUUUAUUCUUGUCGACUUUACCAAAAACGGCAGUUGAGCGGUCGUCAGGUGAACUUCGAACUCAGGCAUUCUUUCCAGCAUUAUUGUUCAAAAUUAAGAAUCUUAUUUUUCGUGACUUUUCUUUUUCUAAAAAUAGAACUUUCUUCAGGGUUCAUGUAGAUUACUAAUUGACUUUUCUAAUUCUAACCAUGAAUCACUCUUAAAAUUGGUUUUUAAAAUUUUAUAAAAAUUUGUAUUUUUAAAUAUAAAGCUUUAACUACUAUAUUUUUAUCAACAACAAAUCAGAUUUUCUAAAGGAAAACAACUUGCCAGUACAGAAAUAUUUUAACAUUGUUCUUCAGUCUGUAGUAUGACCAGCAAUCAAUGAGAAUAAAUGCAAUUUAAAUCCAUCCGUUAGUGGAUUUUAGACAGGCAUGCUUCUGUCAGCUCUAGUAUUCAUAAUCUCGCUUUUAUAUUGUCCUCAAUACCUCUGUGUAUUAUAACAUUCCCCAUUAAAAUUAGAUUACAAAG